UUAAGCAGGGGGCUGGACUAGUGGUGAUUUCCUGAGCUCCCUUCCAUCCUCGGAGUCGGCUUCCAGGCGCCCCUCGGCAUCACCCUGAGCCGAGUCAGUGGUGCUGGCAGGCGGGGCGGGGGCAGUCGCAGUGUCUCUUUAAGGCGUGUAAAGGUGGGGCGAGCCCCGGGCGCUCGCCCUGCACGCUUAUAAAUGUAGUAGCAGCAGCGGGUGAGCAGGCGCAGCCUGCCCAUGCCCGUGCCUCGGCCCCCAGCCCGGGAGAGCCAGCCCUCCCGGACUCCUCGCUUGAGCCGCCCGCCUGCGGGGCCCCGGCUCGGGGCUGCAGCCCGCCCAUGGCAGCGCCGCGGCAGCUCCUAGCGCUCGCUGCCUGGCUCCUCGCCUCGGUCGCGCAGGUUCCUGGUUGGUCCGCUCCUGUCUGGAGACAUCUGAAAUGCACAGCACCAUCUCAGGUUUGUGGAGACCAAAACCAAGGAGCUGUUUUUCUGCGUGAAUUUACAUUGAUUCGGAGAGAGAGCCUCCAUGAUGAUUUUUUGUCUGAUUUGCUGAAUAACCACAAAACAGAAGACCUGAGUUCCAGAACAGCUCGAUCUGAGGAAAACAGAGACAUGCUGUGGGAUGCCUGGGGUUCAUGGAGUGAAUGCUCACGCACUUGUGGAGGAGGAGCUUCCUACUCACUCAGACGCUGCCUGAGCAGCAAGAGCUGUGAAGGACGAAACAUUCGAUACAGAACAUGCAGCAAUGUGAACUGCCCUCCAGAAGCAGGAGAUUUUCGUGCCCAGCAGUGCUCUGCUCAUAAUGAUGUCAAGUACCAGGGACAGUUUUAUGAAUGGCUUCCAAUCUCUAAUGAUCCUGACAACCCAUGUUCACUGAAGUGCCAGGCUAAAGGAACAGCUCUGGUUGUAGAACUGGCGCCAAAGGUUCUCGAUGGAACGCGAUGCUAUACUGAAUCACUGGAUAUGUGCAUUAGCGGCUUGUGUCAAAUUGUUGGCUGUGAUCACCAGUUGGGAAGCACUGUCAAGGAAGAUAACUGUGGGGUCUGCAAUGGUGAUGGGUCCACCUGCCGGUUGGUUCGAGGCCAAUAUAAAUCUCAACUCUCAGCAAAUAAACUGGAUGACACGGUGAUUGCUGUUCCCUAUGGAAGUAGGCAUGUUCGCCUUGUGCUGAAAGGACCAGGCCACUUAUAUUUGGAAACCAAGACUCUUCAAGGUGUGAAGGGUGAAAACAGCCUCAGCUCCACAGGCUCCUUCUUUGUGGAUAAUUCUAGCAUUGACUUCCAGAAGUUUCCAGACAAGGAGAUACUCAGAAUAUCUGGGCCUCUUGCUGCAGACUUCACAGUCAAGGUGAGGGUUAGAAAUGAAACA